AUGGACAACACAUUCUUUGGCCAGGAUGCGGAUGAUGAAGAUGAAGGUGGAGGCCCAAACUUCUUUCUUGACCCGUUGCUUGAACAACGCUGUUACCUUCCCCAACUAGUGACAAUUGAUCCGAUUGCUCCUGGCGCAACAGGUGGUGCCGCACCCCCUGUAGAACCCUCAUUCGGAACCUUUCAACCGAUGAAUGGCAUUAGCGGCCUGGCUGAUACGGCUAUAUUGAAUCAAUCAGAAUCUACUGGAGAUUACAUGGAUUGUUUGUCUCUGUAG